ACUAAAGCCCUCCGUCUCUGUCUAGGAGCGAUUCAGACGGACCAACCCGGGCUGAAGUGACGGAGGAGGGUUCAGUGUUUCCACGGAAAAGUGCUGAACCCAAGGACGAUCACUACGGAGAGCUCGAGGAGCGCAAAACGGGGACAAAACGUGAUGAAGGCGAUCACUGAUAAUUUUGCUCUGCUCCUGGUUCUGGUGGCGGUGGGGACGGACAUAAGCGCCAAAGCCUCGGAGGAUGUUCUCUCCAUCACCCCAGGGGUCCCUCAGGAGAGCAGAUCUAGCCCGUACCCCACCACCCAAGACUCAGGUGGGAGGCCACCUGUGGUCACAACUGCACCACCCAUCAAUGUCCCCAACCAUCACCCAGUUUACAGGAAUCCCCCUGAACACUACCCCCCCCUCGGCCCACGCAGCCAGCCCAACUACUUCCAGGACAGUGGAGGAUCUGCCCCCUCUCCUGAGACGUUGCGGGCUGCGGAUGAGACUGCUCAGAGCUCUGAUGUACAAACAACUGUCGUCAUGCACACAUCAGCUCCCACUGCUCACUCCAGCAGCCAAGUCCUAGUCACACGUGAGGUUUUAAAAGAUCCAGAACAUAAGGGAACUUCCCCGACUUCAUCUCCAGCUGCAGGGGAGGAAGACAAGGGGAGGAAGGAUAAGACUGGACAGCAGCAGGCUGUGAAGCCCAGCAGUGAGCAAGAGGAGACCACCACCACCACCAUCACCACCACCACCAUUAUCACCACCAUGCAGAGUCCAGUUCCAUGCCAGCUGAACCUGACCGGUCCAGAAGGAUUCAUCGAGGCUCCUCCACAAUCCAGCUCUGCUUUUCACUCCACCAUGGACUGCAGUUACAUCAUUACAGUGUAUAUGGGCUAUGGAGUGGAGGUCCAGGUGAUGAAUGUGAAUCUGUCUGAGAGAGACAAAGUGGUGUUUGAAGACCUAGGCCACGGGGAGAACACCAUGCUGGCCAAUGAGUCCAUCCUGAUGAGAGGGCUGGUCGUACGAAGCCACAGCAAUCAGAUCUCCAUCCGCUUCCACAGCCCAAGGUCUGAGGUUGGAUCGGUCUUGCUCAGAUACCAAGCCUUCGUGCUCAGCUGUGUCUUCCCCCAGCGUCCUCUCUAUGGUGACGUAUCAGUGAGCAGUCUGCACUCGGGAGGAGAGGCCUUUUUCUCCUGUCUGACCGGCUACCAGCUGCAAGGGCCCAGUGUGCUGACCUGCCGCAACGCUAGCACCCCCUACUGGAGUGGCAAGGAACCUCACUGCCUGGCUGCCUGUGGAGGUCUGAUGAAGAACAUUACUGUCGGUCGGAUUGUCUCUCCAGGUUUUCCCAGCAACUACAGCAACAACCUGACCUGCCACUGGCUGCUGGAAGCCCCCCCAGGCUACAAACUGCACAUCCACUUUGAGAAGGUGGCUCUGGCUGAGGAUGACGACCGAUUGCUGAUAAAGAACGGUAACAGCAUUGAUGCAGCUGCGCUGUAUGAUUCAUACGAGGUCGAGUAUCUACCCAACGAAGGCCUGCUCAGCACAUCCAGGCAUCUUUUCAUCGAGCUGACCACAGACGCAGCAGGAACAUCCACCGGCAUUGCCAUCAGGUACCAAGCUUUUGCACCGGGUCACUGCUACCAACCCUUCGUAAAGUAUGGGAACCUGACGAGCAGCGACAGUACCUGGGCGGUGGGAACUGUGGUAGAGUUCACCUGUGACCCCGGCUACACUCUGGAGCAGGGGUCUGUCACCAUCGAGUGUAUGGACCCCAACAACCCACAGUGGAACGAGACCGAGCCUGCCUGCAGAGCUGUGUGCAGCGGUGAGAUCACAGACUCAGCUGGAGUGGUUCUGUCUCCUAACUGGCCUGAAGCAUAUGACAAAGGACAGGACUGCAUCUGGGGAAUCCAUGUGGAGGAGGACAAACGGAUCAUGCUGGACAUUCAAGUGUUGAACAUCGGGAAGAACGACUUAGUGACUUUUUUCGAUGGAGAUGACCUCACAGCUAAAGUCCUGGGUCAGUAUGGAGGAUCCAAGUCCAGGUUUAAGCUCUACACCUCCACUGCAGACGUCACCAUCCAGUUCCAGUCAGACCCCGCCACCAACGUAUACGGCUACGGCAACGGCUUUGUCGUCCACUUCUUUGAGGUGGCUCGUAACGACACGUGCCCCGAGCUCCCAGAGAUCUCAAACGGCUGGAAGAGCACAUCUCACCCCGAGCUUGUUCAGGGCACGGUGGUGACCUACCAGUGUUACCCUGGUUACCAGGUGAUGGGGGCUGAGCUGCUCAUGUGCCAGUGGGACCUCACCUGGAGUGGAGACAUACCGAGCUGUGAGAGAGUGGUAUCCUGUGCAGACCCUGGUAAAGUGGAGCACAGCAGGCGGGUGUUGUCCGGUCCACAUUUCACCGUGGGUUCCACCAUCCAGUACAUCUGUAAUAAAGGCUUCACUCUGUCAGGAAACAGCCUGUUAACCUGCUUCAAUAGAGGAUCUGCGGGCCCCAGGUGGAACCAGAAGCUGCCCCGAUGCAUACCGGAGACCUUCGAGCCCUGCAGUCAUCCGGGGACCCCCACCUAUGGGAUCCCGGACUCCACAAAGCUCCACUUCCAGCCUGGAGAGACGCUUCGCUACUCGUGCCUAAGCGGACACCAGCUGCUGGGAGAGCCCGUUCUCCACUGUGUCCCUGGACACCCGUCUCAGUGGAGUGGGCUGCCCCCUGUCUGCAAAGCCCACACAGCAGACGAUGACCACCGAUUAGAUGUGUCCACAGCAGACCUCAGAAUGGAGGGAGCUCAGGCAGCGUUUGCUGUUAUCAUCCCCGUCGUCCUCCUUCUCAGCCUCAUUAUCGGGAUCUACCUCUACUUCUUAAAGGUCCAGAGAAAGCCUUUCCAGCUCUCAAUGGCUUCCAGUUUACCCUAUGAAAACAUCUCCACAGCAUCUACGUUUGAAAACUCAGUUCAUGAGACAACGAACAACGAGGAAACAAGAGAAUACGAGGUUUCGAUCUGAGACCUGGUGUGUGUGUUUCAGUAUGGACAGAUAAGAAGCCCACCGGCCUUUUCAACGUCUGUCACACUCGCACCUUCAGUGACUCCCCCUCCCCUCUGUCUGUUCUCUGAACAUGACCCUCCCUUUAUUUACCCAACAGAGGACACCGCAGUACCCCUGGAAAGGCUGGACCACCGGAUUAUUUUUCUAGCUCCUUCACAGUAAUGGCCCAGCAACAGCAGUUUGUACAGUUUUUAAUCCUGAGCUCGCAUCCUGAGGACUUUCAGUACAACGUACCAUCAUAGAAAGCAGAGGGAUUGAUGCAGAGCGAGUGCCAUUAAGUGCAUAUAACCACUGAGGAUGCAUUAUGUUAUGUACAUUACACUAUACGUCUCCUGCACCAUUUAAAGAGCAGUAAUUAUUGAUUUAUGAGAGUCACAUCUUUAUUAUUGAACAUCACACAAAACAUUAGCUGUUAUCAGAGAAUGCCCAACAAUGUUUCUUUUGGAAUUAAUGCAACUUUCUAAAAAUGGAAACCAGAAUGUGUCAGUCCAGCUCUAUGUUAAACAUAUCAGACACCAGUUUUCCAUUUCACUUUUAGAAAUAAUACAGUUAUUUCCACUAUUUCUGCCACUUUAACUUAAAAAAGAUAUCCACUGCCAAAGUGGGUUAUUUAAGUUUCUAUUUAUAUGUGAUGCUUCAAUGAGUUCACCUUUAGAGCUAAAGAAAAGCCUGUUUGAAUUCUCCUUGAUUUUUCAGCAUCAGUUUAGCAUUAUAAAUUGAGUUUAAAAUUUUUCAUUACCAUCUCAUGCAUCAUUCUUUUUUUUUCAGUUUUUGGAAGCAAAAGGAAAAUGCACAUCAAAGGAAGCUGUCGUUCAUUUCACCACUUCUGUUUGGAAUUUGCAUCUAAAUUUGGACACGCUGGUCAAACAUGCAUACAGUAUAUAUUGUCCUCUGAUAUUAUGUAUCCAUGCAAGCUGGUGUGAUGACAAUGACAAUAAUUAACCUAUUUUUGAUUCAUUGUACAAUAACUAAGGAUUAAGCUACGUCACAAACAUCUUCAAUAAAAGUUAU